CGACCAAUUAUUAGAAGGGAGAGUGCUUUAACGGCUAAAAAAUGGUCAUCAUACAUGGAUAAAGAAGGCAGAUUGACCAAUGUCUCUUCCGUGAAAAUGGCUAUAUUCAAAGGGGGAAUAGAUCAGUCAAUUAGACAGGAAGUAUGGAAGUAUUUGCUGGGCUACUAUGGUUGGAACUCAACUUACAAAUCUCGUGUGGAGGACAGGAAGAAAAAAAUUGACGAUUAUUUCCGCAUGAAGUUGCAGUGGAAGUCAUUCAGUGAUGAACAACUUUCAAACUUUUCCGCUCUGAGAGAUCGGAAAAGUUUAGCAGAGAAAGAUGUUUUAAGAACAGACAGGAAGCAUACAUUUUUUGAAGGGUCUCACAAUCAGAAUAUUAAAAUUCUUCUUGACAUCCUCCUGACGCAUUGCAUGCAUGACUUUGAUUUAGGCUAUGUUCAAGGAAUGAGUGAUUUGUUAGCUCCCAUCCUCGUUGUCAUGGAGCAUGAAGUCGAUGCAUUUUGGUGUUUUGCCGGAUUCAUAAAGAUGCUGGGACGUAAUUUUGAGAAGGAUCAGCAGGCCAUGAAGAACCAACUUCUACAGUUGCAGAUUCUUUUGACCUACAUUGACCCUCAACUGGCAAGUUAUCUUGAGAACCAUGAAUCACUUAACAUGUACUUCUGCUUCCGCUGGUUACUCAUUGUUUUCAAAAGAGAAUUUAACUUUCCGGACAUCAUGAAACUCUGGGAGGUUCUAUGGACAGGACUACCUUGCAAAAAUUUUCAUCUUUUUGUAUGUUUAGCGAUUCUAGAUUCUGCAAAGUCAACACUGAUGGAAAAUAAUUUUGGAUUUCCAGAAAUACUAAAAUACGUCAAUGACUUGUCUGGCAAUAUCAAAGUUGAUGAGGUACUGGAAACAGCAGAAGCCAUGUACAUGCAGUUGAAAAAUAGUAAAAAUUUGUCUGACGCUAUUAAAAAAAUAAUUGGUCUUGAUGCUUCAAACGAAAAUGAUAACAGUUUUUCCUCUCCUUUUCAACCUUUUCAUCCGUUUGAAGUUUCUGAAAAAGUUAUAUCGUCACAAAACAAAGAUGUUGUUAAUGAUAAAAAACAAACAAGUGAUGAAAUAAAUAAGUGUCGAACUGCAGAAGAAAUUUUGCCGUCAGCAAAUGGAAACGUCGAAACGGCCUUUGAUCACAUGGAGGAUAUCAGAAAACCGAAUGACGAAAAGUUAAACUCGAACAAACUUUCUGAAUGUUCAGACGAAAACAGUAUUGAAAUUAUUGACCAUGUUAAUUUUUGCACUUAAUUAUAUUAUUUAUUUAUUCUUAUUAUAUAAUGUUAUUACAUGUUGUUUAUUAGUUUUUUUUUAAUUCAAAAUCAGAUCUAUGUUAUGUUGCUAUUGAUUUAUAUAACUCAUCAAAAUAUAUUUUCAAAUAAAAAUAUUCUUUCUAACAUAUUACUAAAAUUUAUUAACUGAUUUUCAAUGCAUAUCUAUUAUUUAAUGAUGAAUGAUUUUGUUGGAUACUCCAUAAAUGUUUUGCCACCGUG